AGCUCCCAAUCAAAUCAUGAUUCAUGAAUGCUGAUUGCUGUUUUUGUUUGAUUCCGUUCACAUAUUCUUCUGAAAAUAAUUACAAACACGUUUAUCCUCCUGGCUACAAGACUUUGACUGCCUUUCAUCCUAUCCUAUGCUGAGUACCAGCCCUAUUGUAGUGCUUGCUACAGCAGCCGUGGUAUGACUUAGAGUUGCUGCUGACAGUAAAUUCGAAGGCCACCACACAACAAUUGCAAAACAUCAUCGGAUGCACCGCUGUCAUUCUAUUUCAUGGUAGCUACUGGGUAAAUACAUCAGAGCAUCAGUGAUGGAUUUGAAAGACCUGUUGAGUUUCCAGCCGAAUCGGGAGGUCGUUGCUGAGAAGCGUCCAGCGGCAGAUGAAGCUCCAGCGGCGGCAGCAGAAAGCCGCAAGCGGAAACGCGUGUCGCCACCGCGCGCCUCUGGCCGGCAGUCACGGUUCGACAACCCCAUGGCGCGCCUCGUGCCACCCGAGGCUAUUGUCAGCGCAAGCGACCUCCGUGCCGCCAGCAGCAGCAGCAAAAGCACCCGUUGGACGCAAGACGGUCCUGUUAGUGCAGCUGCCGCAUCCGGCAGUACUGGCAUUGACGAGGAGGAGCGGCAGAGAAUCCUCAAGAUGGUCGAGGAGGCCAAUCCCGAGGCGCCAUCGCUCGAUUCCGUCAGCGUCAAGAAGAUGCUGCUGGCGUUCGACCGCAAGGUGCUGAAGAAUCGGGAAAUGCGUAUCAAGUAUCCCGAUACACCGCAGAAAUUCCUCGAAUCCGAAAUGGAAGUCCAUGACGAUCUACAGCAGCUACAUGCAUUAUCGACCGUGCCUCAGCUGUACCCGCUGCUUGUCGACAGUAACAUCAUCACUUCCUUGCUCAGUCUCUUAUCCCACGACAAUUCAGACAUUGCCCUGGCUGUCAUCGACCUCCUUCACGAGCUCACAGACGUUGACGUCGUGCGGCAAGCGGAAGAAGAGGAAGAUGACGAGGAGGACGAAGCGAGCGGCGCCAAGAUGUUGAUUGAUGCACUGCUGCAAGGCAACUGCUUGGCCCACUUUGUUCAGAACAUGGAGCGGCUGGAUGAGAAGCAGCGAGACGAUGGCGACGGUGUUCACAAUACGCUGGGUAUUGUGGAGAAUUUGUGCGAGUUCGGUAUGGACACUGUGUGCUCGCAGGCUGUACAACAAGGCCUUAUGCACUGGCUGGUCAAGCGUGUGAAGGUAAGAGGUUUCGACGCUAACAAGUUGUACGCCAGUGAGAUUCUCUCCAUCCUGCUGCAGAAUAGUACCGAGAACCGGCGGGUGCUGGGUGACCUGAACGGCGUGGAUAUCCUCUUGCAGAGCUUGGCGGUGUACAAACGCCGUGACCCGGCUUCGAAUGAGGAAACAGAGCUGAUGGAGAACUUGUUUGACUGUCUGUGCCUGGCAUUGAUGCAUCCGGCCAAUCGUCAAAAGUUCUUGGACGGCGAAGGGCCGCAGCUGAUGAUCCUGAUGUUGAAAGAGAAGAAGCAGUCGUUCUCCAAGGCUCUGAAGGUGCUAGACCACGCGCUGAGUAACCCAGAAGGAGCCGACAACUGCGCCAAGUUUGUGGAGGUGUUUGGCCUGCGUAGCCUGUUCCCGCUCUUCAUGAAGACGCCUAAGAAGAAAGUGCGCAAGGGCAGUUCAAGGAACGAGCAUGAAGAACACGUGUGCACGAUUGUGGCGUCUCUCUUCCGUAAUUUGACAGCGAACACACGGCAGCGUCUCUUCAACAAGUUCAAAGAGAACGAUUAUGAGAAGAUUGACCGGCUGGUUGAACUUCACGGUGAAUACUACCAGAAAGUACUAAUGGUUGAUCGUGACAUAGACACAGAGAGACGGCGACUAGGGCAGAAAGUGACGGCAGAGAAUGAGGAUGAGUUCUACCUGCGACGGCUGGACUCUGGCCUCUUUUCUCUACAGAGCAUUGACUACAUUCUCGCCGAGGUCAUCGUCAACGGUGAAAGCGGGGCCCGACCGCGUGCAUUGAAGCUGCUGAGCCAACACGGAGACAGUGUAAGAACAUUGAAGCGGACACUGAAAGAGCUGUCAGAAAGCAUCGGUGAUGCCGACACGGGCAACUCACUGACACGCGAGGCUGAGCGGCAUCGCAUCGCUGAAUUGCUAACACAGCUAUAGUUGCGAGCCUCGCCGAUACGAGCGUUCGCGUGAAUCUUGAGCAGUUGGGCACUUGACUUGGCUUCCAACUGAUCUCGUGACCCAGUGUGUCAAGAGCUAUCCAUGCUGAUGUUUUCCGGGCGAGCCCCGAGCAGGCCACACAGUACACAAUCAUGUUGCUUGACGGCUAUUUUGUACAUAGUGUAUAGUGUGUUUAGCCGUCUGCACCGUACUACUGAGACCUGGUCAGUCGGUCGCUGCAGAGUUGAUCUGCUUCAUGUGUGGUGUGGCCCUGGCUUUUCCUUGUGACAACCACUGUUGUUAACCAGUUA